CCAAUGGCGCGUGUUGUAGAGAAAUUAUUUAUGAAAUUUUAGAAACCUGUUAUUAAGCUUAUUUGAUUGUUUUAAAAUCUUAUAAUGUUUUAUCAUGUUUCUUUAGAGCAUGAAAUUUUACUACAUCCAAGAUAUUUUGGCCCAAAUCUGUUGAACAUAGUGAAAAAGAAAUUAUUUACUGAAGUAGAAGGAACAUGUACAGGAAAGUAUGGUUUUGUUAUAGCAGUAACAACUAUUGAUAAUAUAGGAGCAGGUUUAAUACAACCUAGUAGAGGUUUUGUAUUAUAUCCAGUUAAAUAUAAAGCUAUUGUAUUCAGACCGUUCAAAGGUGAAGUUUUAGAUGCCGUGGUUACUCAAGUAAACAAGGUUGGAUUAUUCACUGAAGUCGGACCAUUGUCCUGCUUUAUAUCACGACAUUCUAUACCUGCUGAUAUGGAGUUUGAUCCUAAUUCUAAUCCACCUUGUUAUAAAACUAAAGAUGAGGAUAUUGUGGUACAGCAAGAUGAUGAAAUAAGAAUUAAAAUAGUAGGUACAAGAGUUGAUGCUAAAGAUAUAUUUGCCAUAGGUACAUUGAUGGAUGAUUAUUUAGGUUUAGUAAGCUGAGAAAACAGAAACCUCCUGUAUCAUAUUCAUUUUGUAAAUAUUUCAUAUAUCAAAUGUAAAUAAACUAAAACAUCCAAAUAUUGUA